AAACAGGCGUAGAAGAUAAAAGAAAUUGUGUUUGGAUUUCCUAAUCAAAAUUCUCUCAUACGACACAGACCUCAAACCCAAACUAAACCCUAAUCAUAAACCACAGCCGCCGCCGCAUAUGGAGACCGGCAAUGCUGAGCGAAGCACUCAUCUUCCCCAAGAAAUCACCGAAGAAAUAUUAUACAGACUCCCGGUAAAAUCUCUCUUGAGAUUUAAGUGUGUUUCCCCAUCAUGGCGUUCAUUGAUCUCCAGCAAACAAUUCAUCAAAACCCAUCUCCAACGCUCGAAAAAGAUCGAAUCUUUCGCCGACAAAAGAAUCAUCUCAAUCUGUAAAGGCAGACUAAAGGCAUGUUCUCUGUCCUCCUUGUUCACCGAACCGGUCACUCGCGCCUCUUUUUUCAAUUUCUUUCCGUUGAAUAUCUCGAGAGAUAUAGUUAUCGUGGAUUCAUGCAACGGUUUGAUCUGCGUUCUAGUCGACGCAUGUCGGUUUUUCUUGUUGAAUCCUUCGACAAGAGAGUUCAAGGAAUUGCCCGACUUCUUUACCGGAACGACAUGCCCGAAGAAUGUCGGUUCUAUUCGUGCAUACGGCUUUGGAUUCGAUGAGAGUAGUGGUGAUUACAAGGUUUAUGCCGUUAGUUAUAUGAUAUUAGUGAUUGGUUCGAGUAUCGCAAGAGUGUAUAGCUUAAAGGCUGAUUCUUGGGGACGUAAUUUGUUCUUUAAGGAUGUAUACAUGUUUGGUUCAGCCAAGUUUGUGAGUGGGAAGUUUCACUGGAUAACCGAUAUUAAAAGGAAUUCGAAAUGGGAAGGUGUUUGUUUUGAUUUGAAGAGUGAGACUUUUGGAACCGUGAAACAACCUAGUUGUAUGGAGGGUUAUUACAAGCCGACAUUGGCAGUUCUCGAAGGAUGUCUUUGUGUGUUUUCCGACUAUGCUCCAAUUAUUAGGUUCGACAUCUGGAUUUGGAAUGAGUAUGGGGUCGAAGAUUCUUGGUCUAAAUACGUCGCUAUUUCGUAUCCAUCCAUUUCUUGCGAGCCUUUAUUGCCGAAAGCUUAUAAUCUCGUAACCCCGUUGUUUGUUUUGCCAAGUGGCGAGGUUCUGUUUACGUACGGAUUGGAUUUUUUAAUUUACAAUAAGAAAGACAACUGCGCCAGGCAACAACGCACCGUUGACUUUGAUCAUCGUGUUCGUGCAACGGAGGUCUACACAGAAAGUUUAGUCUCGCUUGUACCUGAUGAUUGAUGGUGGUGAAUAUGGGAGGCAAACUUGAAUGGUAUGAUUUGAUUAAAAGAAAAAAAAAAAGUAAAAAAAAAAAAGCAUAAAAGGAGUAUAUGAUUAAAUGAUGUUUAAUUUUCUUGGAUUUUUCUUUUCAAAAUUCAAAUCAUGCAAGUUACAAAUUGGGAGAGUAGGUGACCUACAUGAUUCGAACCCUAGUCUUUUACUCUAACAGUACAUGUUAUGUACCAACUCUUCGUAAUUGGAUAAUAUUAAGAUGGUUGGUGGUGUUCGCUAUUAUGUACCAACUCUAACAGUAUUUUUUGAUGUUUGCUUUGUUAUAAAGUUUUUUUUUGU